AUGCAGACCACGGCAAUAUCGUCCACCAUUGCAAAAAUAUCUUCAGCUCAAUUUCUCAAUGGCACAUUAACACACCAAUCUUGGGCUGUAGCCGUUAACGGCAUCAAAAUUGGAGACGGAAUGGCUUACCUCACCAAUACAGGUCUUAGCAUACUUAUACGUUUUCCCAUCCACGAAAACGGCACAGAAGUUACAGGUAGAGCAGUUGAAAUCCUGUCCCACGAGGCGAACUCUACUUGGUUCUACGAUGAUUUUGCACUCCGCUACACCGUUGCUUAUGUUAUGACCGGCUCUGGAAAUUCUAUCGAGCGCGUGGUUGUGCCAGCGGUGGAUUCACCGGGUCCGAUUACUACCGAGAUUGUGGCCGGUAGUCUCAAUUCUACGAGUGUAGCAGGACCGACAGCUGCGGCUUUCGGAUGCACGCCGUGGGAUAAGGUUAGUCAUAUUUUGUAUGUUACUACAAGUGGGGCGUCGAAUAUACCUGUGGACGGAAGGAUUAGGAUUGACGCACAGGUGCUGGCUAUUGAUACCAAGUUAUGCUCAUUGGUUUAG